GGGGCACUGGACAGAAGGGAUUAGGUUUCUUGAAGCAGCUGGAAGUCCUGAAAGUCUGGUUCCCACCUUGAGAGCCUCUUCCCACAGGUUUGCGUACCCAGGCACCGGAGGGCAGAGUCUCACAGCCUCAUCUCCACCAAUCAAUCCACCCCUUCUCUGGUCCGAGAGUAUCUAGAAGCAACGAAGGACCCCAUUCUCUGUAUUCUUCCAGCAGGAAGCAGAACAAAGAACUGCCAAUCAUUGGCCUCUCCAUCUCUGUGAAGAGACAAGCUUCUAAAAGACAGUGCCAAGCUGACUUCCCAUCAUGCCAGGUGGACCUAGUCUCUCCACACUCUCCCAUUUCCUUCUCCCUUGGGUCUUCAUCAUCUUCCACAAAGCCCUUGGGGACUCAGCAUCCCACCCUGGCCCCCACUACCUUCUGACCCCCAUCCACGAGGUCAUUCACUCCCAUCGCGGGGCCACCGUCACGCUGCCCUGCGUCCUGGGCGCCCCGCCUCCCAGCUACAAGGUCCGUUGGAGCAAAGUGGAGCCCGGGGAGCUCCGGGAAACUCCCAUCCUCAUCACCAAUGGACUGCACGCCCGCGGCUUCGGCCACCUGGGGGGGCGCGCAAGGUUGCGGAAGGGGCACCGGCUAGAUGCCUCCCUGAUCAUCGCUGAUGUGCGCCUGGAGGACGAGGGCCGGUACCGCUGUGAACUCAUUAAUGGCAUCGAGGACGAGAGCGUGGCGCUGACCCUGCGCCUGGAGGGUGUGGUGUUCCCGUACCAGCCUAGCCGAGGCCGGUACCAGUUCAAUUACUACGAGGCGAAGCAGGCGUGCGAGGAGCAGGACGGUCGCUUGGCCACCUACGCCCAGCUGUACCAGGCGUGGACCGAGGGCCUGGACUGGUGUAACGCGGGCUGGCUGCUUGAGGGCUCGGUGCGCUACCCGGUGCUGACCGCGCGCGCCCCGUGCGGUGGCCGCGGCCGGCCUGGGAUCCGCAGCUACGGGCCCCGCGACCGCAAGCGCGACCGCUACGACGCCUUUUGCUUCACCUCGGCCCUCGCAGGUCAAGUGUUCUUCGUGCCCGGGCGGCUGACUCUGUCCGAAGCGCACGCGGCGUGCCGGCGGCGCGGGGCUGUGGUGGCCAAGGUCGGGCACCUCUACGCGGCCUGGAAGUUCUCGGGGCUGGACCAGUGCGACGGCGGCUGGCUGGCGGACGGCAGCGUGCGCUUCCCGAUCACCUCGCCCAGGCCGCGCUGCGGGGGCCUCCCCGACCCCGGGGUGCGUAGUUUCGGUUUCCCCAGGCCCCAGCAGGCCGCCUACGGCACCUACUGCUACUCAGAAUAG